AUUGCGGUCUCGCAGUUGGCCACGUCACGUCCACCGGCCACGUCGCCCCUCAUUCGCCAUAUUUCGUGGAGGAAUGCUCUGGAGGAGAGCGGCAUUGAGCCGGUUCACAGCUAUCGCACUCACCCCGAGCUCUCUUUCACACCACUAAACACCAGCCAGAGCGAGAAAGACAUCAUGAACGUCUUUAGGCUGACUGGAGAUCUGUCUCAUCUAGCUGCCAUCAUCAUCCUCCUGCUCAAGAUAUGGAAGAGCAGGUCCUGCGCAGGUAUCUCUGGGAAGAGCCAGAUACUCUUUGCCUUGGUGUUCACCACUCGGUACCUGGAUCUCCUGACAUCCUUCAUUUCUCUAUACAACACUAGCAUGAAGAUUAUCUAUGUCGGAUGUGCCUAUGCCACAGUCUACCUGAUCUACGCAAAGUUCAGGGCAACUUAUGAUGGAAACCAUGACACUUUCAGAGUUGAGUUUCUUGUGGUUCCAGUGGGAGGUCUUGCCUUUCUGGUCAACCACGACUUCUCUCCAUUGGAGAUUCUGUGGACCUUUUCCAUCUACCUUGAGUCUGUGGCCAUCCUGCCUCAGCUGUUUAUGAUUAGCAAGACCGGCGAGGCCGAGACCAUCACUACCCACUAUCUGUUCUGCCUGGGGGUCUACCGUGCCCUCUACCUCUUCAACUGGAUCUGGAGGUUCUACUUUGAGGGCUUCUUUGACAUGAUUGCCAUCGUGGCUGGGGUCGUCCAGACUAUUCUCUAUUGUGACUUCUUCUACCUUUACAUCACAAAAGUGCUGAAAGGAAAGAAGCUGAGUCUACCAGCCUAAGUGCCAAAGAACAGAGAGCUGUGUCUCCAUCAGACUUAUAGAGGGGCACAAGCCAAUGAUGCCACUGCAAGAUGCCCAAGACAAAGAACGCAUAACGCCAGUUCAAUCACUGAUUCAUUUCUCUCCGCCUGGACGCCAACCAUCCCCUUACAGAAACGAGGACGUUUUUGCAAACUUUUCUUCUGUCUUUAGCAUCUUGCAAUACUUUUUAUUAUUGCUAUUGAAAAGAAAAAGAAGAAAAAAACCUUUUCUAUAUGCAAGGUGUAUGGAAAUAUUGAACAGUGCAUUGUACACAUUAACAGUUAAAUGCGUCAUUGUAAAUUUGUCCAUGAUUGGAAAUAGUUCCCAGUGUCGAAUAAGUUUGCGGUUCUUUCCUGAUUUAAGAGGGGGGAAAAAAAUGAAGUGUGUGUGUUCAUGAAUUCAAAUUAUUAUAUCCCAUUCUUUAUUUCCCCACAUUGUACAUGUGGUAAAAUCAUCCUUUGUUUCAAUGAACAGUUUUGCCACCACUGAAAAUUGUUUUAAAAAAGAUUGUUCAUUUUUUUUUCCACAUAAAUGCCUUAUUUGUAUUUCAAUUUAUGUACAUAACCAUUCUUGUUGAUGCCCCCAUAGCAACGAGUCAACUGUAAAUAAGAGAGUGUUUCAUAUUUCAUUUGGCACAAUUCUCUGUGUGACUCAUAUCAUUUUUUUUAGAAUGUCAGCAUUUAUCAAUGAUAUGCGAUAUUACAGCAAGGUUGUUUAAAUAUUCCAUUAUUACCUGCAAACAUCAGCUUGUUGAAAUGCAGUAAUAUAUGAUAAGAUCAUUAAAUCUAGUGGUGUGGAUUCUGUCGAAGCACAUUUUGGAGUGAGUUUUGUAGUGUUUUUUUUUUUUUUUUUUUUUUAAAUGGACUACAACUUGUUUUCUUUAAGUUCAACAUCCCCAAUGUUUUCCCCUCUCGAGUCAUUCCUGUAGGGUUUACAGUUAUUUUUCUAGUUUUUACAUGUCUCCAAUAAAUAUUUUAAGGGAAAUGAUUUGUGUU